CAGUCGUCGUCCGGGGUGGCGGCGGCAGAGGGGGCGGCGGCCGUGGCGGCAACGGCGACGGCAGCCGUGACAGCGGCGACGGCGUGGGGCCUGGGCUGGGGGAAAUGAGGCGGCCGCGGCGGGCCAGCGGCGGAGCCGUGUAGCUGAGAAGCGGCACCCCUUCCCUGCUUCCCUUGGCCGAGCCGGGGGCGCGCGCGCGCGCGGCCGUCUGGAGCGGACUCCCCACCCUCGACUCCAGCGACCCGCACCUCACCCCCACCGGGCCCGGAGGAUGAUGAAGCUCAAGUCGAACCAGACCCGCACCUAUGACGGCGACGGCUACAAGAAGCGGGCCGCGUGCCUAUGUUUCCGUAGCGAGAGUGAGGAGGAGGUGCUACUCGUGAGCAGUAGUCGCCAUCCAGACCGAUGGAUUGUCCCUGGAGGAGGCAUGGAGCCCGAGGAGGAGCCAAGUGUGGCAGCAGUCCGUGAAGUCUGUGAGGAGGCUGGAGUGAAAGGGACAUUGGGAAGAUUAGUCGGAAUUUUUGAGAACCAGGAGAGGAAGCACAGAACGUAUGUCUAUGUGCUCAUUGUCACAGAAGUGCUGGAAGACUGGGAAGACUCAGUUAACAUUGGAAGGAAGCGGGAAUGGUUUAAAAUAGAAGAUGCCAUAAAAGUGCUGCAGUAUCACAAACCGGUGCAAGCAUCGUAUUUUGAAACGUUGAGGCAAGGCUACUCAGCCAACAAUGGCACCCCGCUCGUGGCCACCACUUACUCAGUUUCUGCUCAGAGCUCGAUGCCAGGCAUCAGAUGACUGAAGAUUUCCUGUAAGAGAAAUGGAAAUUGGAAACUAGACUGAAGUGCAGGUCUUCCCUCUCACCCUUGCUCUUUCACCUCUCCUCACAGGCCUCCUCUUUCAAAUAAGGCAUGAUGGGCAGCAGAGAAAGGGUUUAUUGAUAAUGUUGCUGUUUGGUGUUAAGUGAUGGGGCUUUUUCUUCUCUUUUUAUUGAGGGGGUGGGGGGUGGAUGUGUAAUUUGUCAGUACUUUUGUGCAUGAUCUGUCUCUCCCUUUUCACACCCCUACAAUUCUCUAAAGAGGCAAACAGCCUUCCCUCUGCCUUGGAUUCUGAAGUGUUCCUGUCUGUUUCAUCCCAGCCCUGGCCAGAUUUUUUUUUUAAUUUUUUUUUUUUUUUUUAUUAAAAGAUACCAAUAUGAGAUGAAAUCUUUCAAGAAUUUGUCCUGUAAUGUGCUGUUAAGUCUGGUAGGCUGGUCACUUUCACUCUAAGAUACAUUUAUCUACACAUUAUAUACUGGGCAUAUAAUAUGUAAAUAAAUGACUUUUAGAAGAGGGAUUUAACUGUUUAAUUUUUCAAAGUUUUGUUUUUUAAAUUCAGGGUGUUUCUGAAGUGGAGAGCCUCACAAUUAAUUUACUUUUUUGUUUCUGAUGCUAGUGGCUAGGUAAAGUUCCCUGUCCUCUCUCUUUUCCCAGUCAUCGACUGUAGUUAUGUAGGGUAUGGGAAGAGUUUAGCUACCUUCAUAGUGCUCCCAGGACUCAUGGCCUUCUCUUCUCAAAGCUGUGUUUCCAUGCCAAGAAAGAAACAGGAAGAAACCUAUUUUCUUUUUUAUUACCAAGCCAGGAGCAAAUGGCCUCAGCUCAGAUCUGGAGAAACAAUGCUAGAAAUUGAAUUCCUCCCUACAUGUUGACAAUAGGGAUUUGAACUGGAUUCUUGGGAUUACUAUCUAAAAAACUGGAGCGUCGAGCACUGUUUCUAUCCUGCUGGUUUGGAGUUUUUUCCAUAAUGCUACUUAUCGCCGACAAAGGCCUCUCUCCCUGUGCAUCCAUGCCUUACACCGUGCUGAACUGGAUAUUGUCCUUGUGCUCUGAAGCAUCCAACUAUACUUGGCAAGUGCAGCUGUACAGUCCUGUCCCUGUUCUGGGUAACCAUGUUACGUUCCUGAAAAGUACACAGGAGGAAAAUUCAGAUGUUUGCUUGUCUUUGUAAUGUUAUAGCACUUGUAAUUGCACCAUGGAGCAUGCUCAGAAAUAUUAAAUAUGUCUCCCACUGGGAUGUGAAAGGUCCAUCGUCCGCUGAGAAGUGGUAUGGGAGAAUGCUUAAUCAGUUAUUAGAACAGCAACAUAAUGCAUUGGCUCCCUGCAAACUGUCUUGUUGGGUUUUGAUACAGGUUUGAUGCUGGCUUCAUUUGCCAAUUGUGUUGUUUAGUCGAGAAGUAGGCAGAAAAGGGUCUUGAGACCGGGGCUGGGGGUGGGGGGCACUGAUCAAUCCCUGGCUUGGGACAGGAGUUUGUUGCUAUACUCUUGGUGGCAUCUCCUUUGUCAAAACAUAGCCAAGAUGUGAAAUUAAAAUCGUAGUUCUCUUUAUUUAAAAAUUCUAAUAAAUACUCAAACUUUGAAAAGCUUUUGCUCUUCCCUCCCACUAAAAGAAAUAUAGUAUCUGGUAGGCCUGUGUCAUUUAAUGUUCAGUGUUUUAGGGGACAUCAGUUGAUGAACUUAAAUUUUUGCUAUCUAUUCUCGGUUUGCAUCUUCUCUCCCAGUCUUAAAACACGGAGCCAAAAAGCAGUGCCGGCAGUUUCCUUAGGAGACCGCUCUACCUCUGGGAAAGGAAUCCUGUCCCUAAGUAAGGGUCCCAGUGGAUAGAAAGCACCAUGGGAUUUGAAUCUAAAUGCCAACUCACUGUUCAUGUGUCCUACUUAAAAACGAACACACUGCUGCUUAUUACCUGAUUUAGAGCAUUCUGAGGUUCUGUGCAAAUAAAUAAAGGGGACAAUAAAAUAAGUUCAGCUCAGCACUAAAUGGAGUCCCCAAAACAAUCUUCAAAAUAAAUUCUACCUUUAUGAUACAGAUUGAAAGAGCUUUGCAGGAAAACGAUUAGUACUCUUGAAACAGGAACUGCAUUUGUUAAUAGUAUUUGUGCAGUUUUUAGUGACCUGAAGAUGUUUUCACUGGGCUGGUAUAAUAAUACACUACCCUACAAAGUCCUGUUUGGAUGGUUGUUGGCGUCUUUGGGUCAGGAAAGUGAACUGUGCCAAGAAGUAUUUGUCAGUGACAUGAAUGGAUCCCAUUAAUGCAGUUAACUGGCGAGGUUGUGCUGAUGCUUCCUUAACUGACAAAAGGAGGCUUUGUCCAACACCAGAAUUGUUGAAACUGAUGCGGUUAUCUGUUGCACUGGGAUUCUGGUGAGCAGGGGUCGGUGUUUUUCCCUCCCUGGCAUCAUAAACACCAUGGCUAUCUCCUGACGUGUAGUCACAGCCCUUUUGUGAUACAUUACUUAGACACAUGGUUGCAGUAACCUUUCUAUCUCCCCCAAAGAAAGCAAGGAAAAACAGAGGAAAGCUCAAAGUUUACCCUACUUGCAGAAUAUUUAGACAACACUGAUUUGCCAUUAAUUCUGCAAGUACUCGCCUUAUUCAGGCUUGGCAGAAACAGGUUCCUGUGUUCAGGGCAGAUAUCGAGUCUCUCUCACAGUGAACGGGCACAUCUUAGAUUCUGAUUAUUACCAGAGUGCCCAUCAGAGUCCACCAUACUCAGGAUGGAGAAAGAUAGCAAUGGCUUUUUUUAAAUUAAAAUUUGUUUUUGGUUUAUAAAUUGCAGCCCUUGGGGAAACAACAGUGAGAUCAUGCCGUUUUUUUGGACCAGGACUGUGUGUGAGUGAGUGAGUGAGUGUGUGUGUGUGUUUGUGUGUGUGUGUGUGUGUGAGAGAGAGAGAGAGAGAGAGAGAGAGAAAGAGGACUACCAGGAGUCGGCCACGUUAGGUUUUCUGGUCGCCUCUCAGAACAGUGCAGCCCAUGAAAGAGGAGUCUUGAUUUUUCUCAUGGUAAACAAAACAGGAUGGAAAAGUUACUGAACUGACUGUUUUAUUUUUACAAGUGUCUGCUGCCCUAUCUGCCCUGUGAGGAGAGGGUUUCCUCACUGCUGAGUCUGAGCUGAGGCCAUCUGGAGGGAUCAGAGAGUGUGGGAGUAUCACCCUGCUAAGGCUGAGCAAGGCCUAGAAGGUGGCUUCGCCACAGGAUUUCCGCCCUCUGCAUUGCGUUGCCAGUGCUGUGGAAAGUGAGGCACUGGAGGCCUUGCUUCCCGCAGCCUCUGGGGAGCAGAGUGGGUCACUGCCCUCUGAGAGCGUUUGCAGUUUUUUGUACACUGUUGCUACAUAGUCAAGUUCCUUCAUGGCAGAGAAAUAUUUUCUGUUUCAGUGUUAGGAGUCAGCCCAUGUAAAGUCUCUUAGACUUGCUUAGAAGAAAAAAAAAGUCACCUUUUGUUUUGAGAAUUCUAGGAGGAAGAAGUUCCCCAUAGAACCAUGCUUCCUCCUUCUCCUUCCCCUUUCUCUUCUCCACGUACAGUGCUUAUUGGGGGCUUCUUCUAAACCUCUUCAACAGAGGGGAGUAAUCGGUCUUCUGAUGGACAUGGAUGUGCGUUUCAUACCUUGUACUUAACAUAUUUGUCAUCUCCAUCUAGUGCUGUGUUAAUAUCUUUGUUGAUCUCCCCACCUGAUCUUUUUUUUUAAACAGCUUAGCCUGAGCCAUAUUUUUGUUCAUUUACAAAAAGGAUUUAAUAACCACAAUAUGAUUUUUGCCACAACUGUAUAAUUUUUAAUAUUUCUGAAGUGUUCUCUAAGCCCAUCCUAGUUGAGAGUGGAUUUAGCAUUAGAAGAAAUACCUGGAGAAAUCUCCACAGUGGGAUGAAUUUUUGCUUAAAGAGAAAUGAGAGUUGAUAAUAUAACUCUAUAUCCUGGUCCCACCUGCAUUUCACAUCUACAUCUUUACAAAAAAUAGGAGACAUGCAGGAUAGUCAACUCAAGCAUUUCUAGGGAGAGGAGAUUGUUUAAUGGUGAUUAAAUAAUGCAGAUGGCUCUUUGAGUUCUUAUUCUUGAAGACUCUAAAAGAAGUCAGACCUGAGGCUGUGCAGUUUAUACUGCCCAGUUGGGGUGGCAGUCGUUUCUUCUGAGCACUGCUGGGUUGGAACCUAUUUCCCCAAGGCUCUGCAGCUGUCAACUUUAGUGGCGUUAGCCUUGCUCCAUCAGGGCACCCCCCCCGCCACUUGGGGUAGGUGGGAAAGCACCCGAGUCAGCCUCUGCACUCUGGGGUGAGCUUGCAACAGAGACCACACCAUCCAGAAGAGCUGUGUUUUCCAUGUCACCUGACAUGUCACCUAAAGCAGUAAGACAUUUGAGAUUUUCAAGUAAAUUGUUAAUUGCUAAAUACUGCAAUCUAUAGAAUAUACUACAUCAGGUUGACUUGAGGUCAUCACAGGCCCUGGGAACCUCCUUUUAGGCAGACUCUCCUUUGGAAGCCAGGAGCCUUCCACUCCUGUCUCUGAAAAGGCGGCUUCACACUUCGACAAUGUUUUUGCAUUAGCUUGAUAACCUUUCAGGGAUGGGUGAAGCCUAAUCAGGACAUUUAAAAAAUGGUAUCUCUCACCUUCAGAGUAAUCCAAUAGUUUGUCCUCCUAAUCCCCUUAAAAAUUAAUAAAUAAAAAGAGAAAUAAAGAAUCCCAUUUGGUGUUGAUUAUAACAGACUCCUUGAGCUGAGGCUGGCAGUCACGUGAUUUGAUUUUGUGUGUCUGCUACGUGAAGCUUUUGAAGUGAAAAGGGCAUGUCUCUCCCCUAAAUCUUUGUUGAUAGUGAUGAUCUGUGAGCCUGAGCUUGUCCUAGAAAAUGAGACUGUCCACCUGGCAAGGGGAGCGCAAAGACAAGCCUCCUUAACUCAGAAUUGAGCACAGCAGGAGGGCCUCUGCGGAAGAAGGAAGUGCUUUUGGCUGAAAAAGCAAGAUUAAUAUCUAGAAGGUGGCGAGUCAUUGCUUCUGUUCCUCCAGCAAUUAGGUUGUUGAAUUAAAUAGGUUUCCUUCAGUUUACAUUCUGAGUUCUUAACCCCAAACAGGGGCCACUAGAACAGCAAAAAAAAGGCAUUUAACCCCCUGGAGAUAGGCUUUAAAAGAUACAAAAGCAGCAGCCUUGUCAUUUUCCAGGUUCAUCACCAUUUUGAUGUGCUACCCGCCCUUCCACCCCCACUGCAGCCAGGCCAGAUGUGAAGAUUCUAUAAAUAUUUGAGUUGGGGAACAUAAAUUCUGGUUCUGGAACAAUUACCUACUAAAUUGCUCACCAUCUGUGGACGUUAUCCAUGGGAUGCGCCUUUCAGGGAACCUUUCACCAAUACAGUAAAAUCACUCUUCUGGGCUUGAGGCCCUAAUCAGGCAUUAAGAUCAAAAUCUUAAGUCUUUGGAACUUCUCAGGAAGAAAGCAAGAUACCCAUUCCCGAUGCUGGGCCUUGAGACUGGACUCCCUGUCUGUACAGUGGGGUGGAGUGGCUCACCUUCAGGAAGUCAUUUCUCCAGUAAUACUGGAAGUAAUACUGAUACGAGCCUGGCUUUCUGAACACUUUUGUGCUGAAUUGAAAAUGUUAACCUAAAGCAAUAGAUCCAUGUAGCCUCUUCUACCUCAUUACUGUCCCAUUGGAAAAAAAACAGCAUUUCAGUGUUAAGGCUUGGUCUUAACAUAAUAGAUACGACUUAUGCCAGGGAAGAUAGAGGCUGAUUAUGGAGACACCCACAACCGGAAUAGAUAGGCCUGCUCCACGUAAGGCCUCCACGGGGGCAGGUUGAAGUUAGGUCUUGGAGAGCUUCCAAAGCACUGGGGGGAGGGGAGGACUUCAAGGGCCUUCGCCCAGCCAGCAACUGGCCUGUGCUCCUCCUGAGGACAUGAAGGAUUCGAGGGAGCUGCAGGCACCUAAGCCACGGUGCGCAGACACAAACCUGCCCUUUUGCCUCCUCCCACGUGACUGAGAGCAUUUUUUGCUCAGAAUCCAAAGGGAUUCUGUCCUCCAAAAUCCAGUUUGCUUCAGGUGUUUUGUUCUGCCUCUGAGAACCUCACCCUUGCACUCACCCAUUCAUGGCCAUAGAAGUGCUGCUCAGGGCACAGAUUCACGAGGGAGUCCAGGGCCCAGCAGUUGCACAGUGUUGCAUUUUGUAGUUAGAAAAACAGUUGGUCCACUCUAUUAUAAAAGAGACACAGUGUGGGGUGCAGUUUUAUAAAUGUCAGGUCCGUUUUUAUUGUCUCAUGGUCUGAAAACAUUCAAACUGAUUUAUAAUUGAAGAAAAAGUUGGUGGUUAAAAUGAAUAAAAUGUCAGUUAGUGCAUCUAUCUUAAAGAUAACUACCAGUGUACACCAUGUGUUUAAGGAAGUAGGAGCAUUUGAGGAUGUUGUAAAAGUAAAGCAGGUAUCUCUGGCCUACCCAAGUGUUUCAGAGGGAGGAUGUGGAAGCCUGUUAGUAGCAUCUUUAUAUUUGAUUUUGUAUAAAGAGGCCAGUCUUUAUUUCAAGGACCUUUUUCCCACCUACUCAAUCACCUUGGUAGGGGAUGGGCUCUAAGGAAGAAGCAGUGAGGCCCCAGCUCUAUUUGCUGAGCUACAGGGUAUGAUCUCCAAACAGCAUGAGGCGUAUUUGAGGGGUUUCCCAACUCUGCUCACCUCCACUCCACUCAUCUACCAUCAGCACCAGAAGGGUUAAACUCCCUGGGACCAUUCCAGUUCUGAAACAGAUGAACUAGAGGUGCUUCCGAACCCUGUCUUCUCAAGUGUAUCGCACAGGUGCAGUCUCCCUUUGGCCAAGUUCAACAGGUGUUUCCAGGGAACCCUUUGGAUGGAGAUAAAGUAGCCAAGAUGUAUUGAGUUUAACUUUUUCUGAAGGACAAAGUCUUUGUCCCUUUCCCUUCAUGUUUUAGCUGAGGCCUAAAUGACAAAGUCUCCAGAACUGAGACAGAGCCAGGGGCCCAUGUACCCAGGGACCAGUCCCCUGGGGAUCACACAGACUCAAACCAGACUAUUCAGAUUCCACCAGAACUCCACUGCUGUCCCCUUCCAUCAGGACCACCCAGAAAAGCAAACAGCUUAGCCUUUCCACCCCUGGGUCACCUGGUUCCUUGGUGACCAUUCUGCAGAGUGAGAAUGGAUCACCUGUUUAGGCAGUGUGCUGUAUAUUUCUAGAAAGGGUAAAAAGUGGAGUGGCCAAUGGGCUGAGUACUCAUCCUUGGAGAGGGUAGCAGAAUAACCCCAGAUGAGCUCAACAAAACCCCAGGGAAUCCAAGGAAAGGCGCUUGUGUGGGAGGAGGGGUUGGUUAUGGUCCCUUAGCCUCUUGCGACCUUUCACAACUGGGGUUUGGAAUAACGUCGCCCUUACCCCUAUCCAAAUGUGCUCCAGGACGUAGGAGCUCCUAACCCAGGGGUGCAUGGUCUUGUUUUCCAUUUUUUCGUUUGCAAAACAACCUUGCUUGGUAUUGUAUGGAAAAGCGAGUUUUCCUCCCUGCCCACUUGGAGCCGCCUGCCCAGGCCUGGCUUCUUCCCCAGUCUCUCAGUGCUCUUAGGAGCUGCGGGGAGCAGAAUGGGUCCAGAGGAGGUGGAAGGAAACUGAGUUUUCCUGCACCCUUUCUCUAGGAGGCUGUUCUUAGGCUUCCUUCAUACCUCUCUUUCCCGUGGGGGCAGGCGGGUUGUGGGGGAGGGCUGAAAAGAAAGUUCAGGUUUGGGUCUGAGACAGGUGCACAGCAGAUGCAAGUCCCCCUUUUCCCCCUUUAAUAGCCAGCCAGCCGUGUGUAACCGUCCCCUUACUAAAGCAUCCCCUCAUGUGUGCCGGCAGCAGAGGACAGCAAAGCCCUCCCCCAUAGUCUAGCUGGAGCUCUGGUACUAUCCCUAAAAUCCCACCACCCCUAUAUCUGACUCCUUUUUGUAAAAACAAAUGCUUAAACCUGUGAGUGUGCUGUUCCUUUCUGUGUGUUAAUCAGUUUCUUUCCACUUGAACUGUGUGGGAGGGAAGGGCAUUGGAACUGUAGGUUGUAAUAUUGUGCCAACCAAUAAAAACCAGUAUUUCACACACA